AUUUUUUCCUCUUCGUAUCCCAACCUCUUUAUUUCGGUUCUUCCCCCGCGAAUUCGACGAAGCCUUCGAUCUUUCGAUCGCUGUUCUUCCUCAAUUUCUUCCUUCGCGAGUCCCCACUGCCUCCGAUCGACAGGAUCGACCACGGAUUUCUAGGGUUACGGUUCGGGUUUGGGAUUUGUUCCUUGCUCCCCCUCUUUCUAUCUGCUAGGAAUCGAGGGGGAGAGGAUGAGCUUCCAGGAUCUGGAGUCGGGGUGGCCGGUCACCGGCCGGAGGGAUCUGACCAACGGGCGACAAGAUUCGACGCAGGCCGUCGCUGCCGGGCUGUUCCAGAUCACCACGGCCGUCCGUAACUUCGAGCGCCUCGUCAACACGAUCGGCACCCCCAAGGACACCCCCGAGCUCCGCCAGAAGUUAUGCAAUACAAGGCUACAAAUUGGACAGUUAGUUAAAGAUACUUGUGCCAAACUUGAACAAGUUAGUGAAACAGACCACCGCCUUGAAGUUAGUGCAAACAAAAAAGUAGCUGAUGCAAAACUUGCAAGGGAUUUCCAACAUAUUCUGAAAGAGUUCAAGAAUCUUCAAAGGCUUGCAGCUGAAAGAGAGACUGCAUAUAUGCCAUUGGUUCCCCAAGCAGUUCUUCCUUCAAGUUAUGCUGCAAUUGAAGCUGACUCUAAUUCCAACAACACACUUGAACAACGUGCUGUACUUGCAGAGUUUAGAAGGCAAGAGGUGCUGUUGUUGGAUAAUGAGAUUAUUUUCAAUGAGGCAAUCAUCGAGGAGAGAGAACAGGGUAUUCAAGAGAUUCAGCAGCAGAUUGAUCAGGUGAAUGAAAUCUUCAAGGACCUUGCCGUGCUGGUUCAUGAUCAAGGAGUUGUAAUUGAUGACGUCAACACUCACAUCGAGAACUCCCACGCGGCAACUGCACAAGGAAAAACCCAACUCAAAAAGGCAGCAAAAACCCAAAAGUCAAAUUCAUCCCUGAUGUGCUUGCUUUUGGUGAUUUUUGGGAUCGUCCUCCUCAUUGUGAUCAUAGUCAUCGCAGCAUAAUCAUAUAGACUGUAGCACACUUAAAACCUUGGUCUGUUUCUCCAGUUCAAUGCCUUAACAGACUAGGAUGCUCCAAGGUCAUCCCACUGUGAUGUAUGGUUUGCUGCAACCGUGCCUGAGCUUGUGAUAUGAUUUGUUUGUAAGAGCACAUGAUGAUGAUGAUCUUUGGUUGCAUUUGUGCCCUCA